UCCAAACCCACCUUCCUGGAAACCCACCCAGAACCUCCACUCUCUGACACCAUGGUCAACUCCUGUUGUGGCUCUGUGUGCUCUGACCAGGGCUGUGGCCUAGAGAACUGCUGCCGUCCCAGCUGCUGCCAGACCACCUGCUGCAGGACCACCUGCUGCCGCCCCAGCUGCUGUGUGUCCAGCUGCUGCAGGCCCCAGUGCUGCCAAUCUGUGUGCUGCCAGCCCACCUGCUGCCGCCCCAGCUGCUGUCAGACCACCUGCUGCAGGACUACCUGUUGCCGCCCCAGCUGCUGUGUAUCCAGCUGCUGCAGGCCCCAGUGCUGUCAGUCUGUGUGUUGCCAGCCCACCUGCUGCCGCCCCAGCUGCUGCCAGACCACCUGCUGCAGGACCACCUGCUACCGCCCCAGCUGCUGUGUGUCCAGCUGCUGCCGCCCAACCUGCUCUAGUGGCUCUUGCUGCUGAUGCCCUCACCUACACUCACCUGCCUUUAUUUACCAGCAUUCUUGAUAGAGUCCACCUGUGAACUGAAUCAUGCAAGGCCAACUGGACAACCUCAGUUCCAACCAAUUCUUGGAUUGCGUUUGGCCUCCAAAUAUGCUCACCCAACACUAUGUUGCUACCCUCUACCAAAUGAAUACAAGUUUGAAUUUUCUCUGAAAUAUGUCAGCUCCCAUGUUCCCUGAAUUGAAAUAUUUGCUCUCUACCAUAAUUUAUCACAUGGAGCUAUUCCUCUAUCUUAAAUAAAUUUUAAUUUUUGAGGCAUACAAAUAA